AUGCGCGAGGAAGAGCGGCAAAGGCGUGCAGAAGAGCGCGAGCGAGUCAAGCACCAGCACGUGUGGGAGAAAGUGACGGCGGCCAGCCGACAUAGCCGUACGCGCCGUAUCGAUGACAUCGAUGACACGUGCGGCGCUUCAGCAGCGCGUCCAGAUGUUCGCCCUGAGGGCUUGGGCCGCGAUGCGCGCCGAGACAAGGAGAACAUCUCUGACUUCGUGGCCAAGAAGAGAGAGAUGUUCCUGGUCCAGAUGAGCUUAGAUGUGAAGAAAGCCGAGAUUCUCAAGCUGGACGCCAGAGCCAAAGACAAGGAAGAGGCCUUGAACAAGUCCAAGCAGAUGUUAGACAAAGACGUAGAGCGCUUCGACGCCUUUCUGAGUACCAACGACGACCGUGCGCAUGAUGCCAUGCAGAAGGCAGAUACCAAAGCCCGGGAGAAGCAAGAAAGAGUCAUCAAGAUCAAGCAGCUCAAGUCCCAGCUGAGCGCGAUUCAAAGCGAGAUCGCCAAGCAUCGAGAACAGAAGGAUGAAUGCUUGAGGUUCAAAGACUUCCUGGUGAACCUGACUCCUGCUGAAUGGAAAGAGCAAAAGAGAGAAGAAAAGAAGCAACGGAAGCUACACCGGCGCCGGAUUGCUGCAGAUGGCUUGCAGAUAGUAGAUGCCCGCAUGGGCGAAAUAGAAGAGCGGAUGCAAGCGGAGAUUGAAGCAGAAGAGCAGGCUUUCAAAGAGAAGGAGGAGAAGGAGAAGAAAGGUCGUCGGCGCCAGAAGAAGAGCGAGGAGGACGAGCAAAAGGAGCGAGACCAAAUGGAAGCUCGUCGACGCCGCAUUGCCAGGAAGUAUCCCACCAGGGAUCAAGUGGACGCAGAGUAUCAGGAAUACUCCAGUGGUGAGGAGAUGCCUCUCUAUUUCCAAGAGCCCAAGCAGCUGCUGGACAUCUUCACAUCCCUUGAAGAGUCCAAUCUCUUCCUCAUUCAGAACUCUCAGGAUACAGAGCAAGCCCUUGAAGAGUUAGACCAGAAGUUUGCUGUUCUGAAAAGGACCCGGGAGGCGUGCCACGCCUGUCGUGGCGUGCGUGGCGAUGCAUUGGGCAAAAUGGACCACGUGAAGGACGCCAUGAGCAACAAGAUGCACCUGCAGAUCUCCCAACUGGAACGGCAAAUCUUCGAAGAGAAGAGCAAGUGUGAUGAGCUCAAACAGGCAAUUUCUCAGAAACAUGGUGGAUCAGAAGUGGAGGAGUUGCUAGAGGGCCUGGCUGGCGGAGUCGUGGAUGUUCACGGCGUUUGCAGUCAUGAGAAUCAGGAUGAUGGAGAUACACUGCAAAUGCUGGCACGCAUCGAGUUCAAGUUUGAGGAGUACCUGGCAUACCUGGACGAGGCGGAAGAAUCGGGCUUGGGCGCACGUGUGCUGGCGGAAGAGCACAAGAAGGAGCGGCAGCGGCGAUUGGACCUGCGGCUGAGCCGCAAGCUGCAUCAAGAGAAGAAGAUCGAAGACCGCCUCAAGGCCUCGUUGCAUCGAUCCCAAGCUCCGGUGCACAAGAAGGUCGGGAAGCAGAUCAUGUUCCGCUCAGCUCCACUCUUCCAAGCCCGUCGGGUGGUUCAAGAGGAUGAUGGCUAUGAAGAGAACGUUCGAGAGCACAACAUCUUUGGCAUUUGGCUCGACAAAGAUGGAGUUCCCAAUGCUCAGCAACCUGAUCCUUGGAAGAUUUGGAAGUUCCAGCUGGUUGGGCCAUUUCUGAAGUAG